AUGGCCCUUUAUAAUUUGUUUGUCUGCUACCAAAAAGUAACUCAAAACCCACAAAUCUCCUACCUCAAGUAUAUCGAAGACAUCAUUGAAGCCCUCAUUUACCAACAAGAUCCCAUCCCAGGAAGCAUUCGCUCUGAUUGUUGGUUAAACAGUAAUGUGAAAAAGAGAAGCGAUGAGUUGAAUAUUAAAAUAAAUGAACUAUUCACAGCUCCUGAAAUAAAAGUGAAGACAAACCGGGUGCUGGAAGGAGAUCACAUGACCCUGACAUGUGACACGAGUCUUAGCCCACACAGCCAGACGGAUCUUCAGUUCGCUUUCUACAGAGAUCAACGGACUGUUCAGAAUUCCACUUUAUCUGACCAAUAUGGAGUUGAAAUGGCUCAACUGAAGGAUUCUGGGAAAUAUUAUUGUGAAGCAAAAACUUUAAACAGUAAUGUGAAAAAGAGAAGCGAUGAGUUGAAUAUUAAAAUAAAUGAACUAUUCACAGCUCCUGAAAUAAAAGUGAAGACAAACGGGGUGUUGGAAGAAGAUCACAUGACCCCGACAUGUGACACAAGUCUAAGCCCUCACACACAGACGGAUCUUCAGUUCGCUUUCUACAGAGAUCAACGGACUGUUCAGAAUUCCACUUUAUCUGACCAAUAUGGAGUUGAAAUGGCUCAACUGAAGGAUUCUGGGAAAUAUUAUUGUGAAGCAAAAACUUUAAACAGUAAUGUGAAAAAGAGAAGCGAUCAGUUGAAUGUUAAAAUAAAUGGUAGAUGUUUGGUGCUAUGCUAA